AUGAGCUCGCCGGACACGGAGAAUGCGGGGAAGAGCCUGCAGUACCGAGUGGAUCACCUGCUCAGCGCCGUGGAGAGCGAGCUGCAGGCGGGCAGCGAGAAGGGCGACCCCACGGAGCGCGAGCUGCGAGUGGGCUUGGAGGAGAGUGAGCUGUGGCUGCGCUUCAAGGAGCUCACUAACGAGAUGAUCGUGACCAAGAACGGCAGGAGGAUGUUCCCGGUGCUGAAGGUGAACGUGUCGGGUCUGGACCCCAAUGCCAUGUACUCCUUCUUGCUGGACUUCGUCGCGGCUGACAAUCACCGCUGGAAAUACGUGAACGGGGAGUGGGUCCCUGGGGGCAAGCCAGAGCCUCAGGCGCCCAGCUGCGUCUACAUCCACCCAGACUCGCCCAACUUCGGGGCCCACUGGAUGAAGGCGCCAGUGUCUUUCAGCAAAGUCAAACUCACCAACAAGCUUAACGGAGGAGGCCAGGUAAUCAUGUUGAACUCCUUGCACAAGUACGAGCCUCGGAUUCACAUCGUGAGGGUGGGGGGCCCACACCGCAUGAUCACCAGCCACUGCUUUCCCGAGACCCAGUUCAUAGCUGUGACUGCCUACCAGAACGAGGAGAUCACAGCCCUUAAAAUUAAGUACAAUCCGUUUGCAAAAGCCUUCCUUGAUGCCAAAGAAAGAAACGACCACAAAGAUGUGAUGGAGGAACCCGGGGACUGCCAGCAGCCAGGCUACUCCCAAUCAGGGGGGUGGCUUGUUCCCGGCACCAGCACCCUCUGCCCACCCUCCGGCUCCCACCCUCAGUUUGGAGGCUCAUUGCCUCUCCCUUCCUCACACGGCUGUGAGAGGUACCCGGCUCUGAGGAACCACCGCUCGUCACCGUACCCCAGCCCGUAUGCUCAUCGGAACAACUCCCCAACCUAUGCCGACAAUUCGUCUGCAUGUUUAUCCAUGCUGCAGUCCCAUGACAACUGGUCUAGCCUCGGAGUGCCUGGCCACACCAGCAUGCUGCCCAUGAGUCAUGGCACCAGCCCACCUACCGGCUCUAGCCAGUACCCCAGCCUAUGGUCUGUGAGCAAUGGUACCAUCGCCCCGGGUUCCCAGACAGCUGGGGUGUCCAAUGGGCUGGGAGCCCAGCUCUUUCGAGGCUCCCCUGCACAUUACGCACCCCUGACGCACACGGUCUCAGCGGCCACGUCCUCUGGCUCCCCGAUGUAUGAAGGGGCGGCCACAGUCACAGACAUUUCUGACAGCCAGUUCGACACGGCCCAAAGCCUACUCAUUGCCUCGUGGACACCCGUGUCACCUCCAUCCAUGUGAAUUGAACUCCUCUUCAUGUGCUAAGACUUGCAGCAACCCGUGUCGAUUGGAUCCUUCUGCGAGGCACGCCAUGGCAGGCUCUUGGGACAAAGGGAAAGAUAAAAAGCUUGCUACUACUAACUCCAUUUUCAAGUAAGAGGAGCAGUCCGAGCUCCGCGACCUCUUGCUUGACACCUGCAGUAGGGAUCUGCGCCCUACAUGCGAAGCCCAGGUACUGAGAUGAGGCUCCGGUCCGAUUUCCUGCGAUUGGGAGUCCGAAUCCUUUGCCAGGAUCCUAUAUCUUGUGGCGUUCUGCAUCUUCUAUGACAUGUAGGUGACUUGGAAAUACGGGAAGUUCUCUCAUCCCCUGUCCUACGUUAGUGAGACAAGGCACACUUGUGUAAUGCCCCCUCCUUGUUGCUUUAGAUAGUUAACUUUGAGGACAGAGAGAAAUCGUAGCCAGAGAGGAUUGUAACUGGACUGACUGAAAAUUGCUCUGCCCUCUAGAAGAUGUUUACUUUAAGCACAUGUAGCUUUUGUGUUGUGAAGUCAACUGUGUGAUACUUCUGUUGACAAAGUAGCCAAAGACAAUCUGCAGAAAUUUUUUUCUGCACAAUAAAGGCAAUAUGCAAACA